AUGCGCCGAAGCACUGCCCAAGCGGAGAUCCCUCUCCCCAUCACAUACACCCCAACUACACAUCGCAUCAGCAAAGCAAAGAAAGGCAAACGCGUCCACGCUUGCGAAUAUCCAGGAUGCAACAAAGUUUUCACCAGAGCAGAGCACAGAAGACGGCAUGAGUUGAACCACAACCCCGAGGCAUUGUUCCGAUGCGCCCACCUCAACUGCAAGAAAGCAUUCCACCGUCCCGACUUGCUCUCCCGCCACAUGGAAAGACAUGAGCUCGAAGCCCAGAUGGACCACACCGCACAAUGGCAGCGUCAGAACCGCACCUCUGUCAUGCCCGAGGCUUAUGUGCCCAAGUGUGCACCUGUCAACGCCCACGCGACUCCCUAUCUCACCGUCUCCCAGCCCCAGAAUGCAAUGUCCGUAGGAUCGCUCGUCGGGCCGGCUAUCCACCCAGAUUUCUCCAGCGAUUGCAGCUUGAUGUGGAAUGGAGUUGAUUUGCAGUCGGCACCCCACACCCCGUUGUACCAGGGCCCUCACAUUCACGAGUCCAUCGAGGACAGUCGCUUCUACGCUACCCCCGACACAUGCCCGUCUCCCGUCUCGGAUGGCUCGCUUUCAGUUCACUCUUACGCUCGAUCUUCCGUGGUGUCCACGCCCAUGACCACAGUUGAACCAUACCCCGAGAGCAUCAUUGAGCACGACUUGACCUCAUCGCCUAUCUCCAUGCAAUCGCGGAUGGGCUGCUGGGAACAGCAGGACAUCAGCCUGCCGUCCAUGAGCAUGAUGUCCAUGCCCCUCACCGAAGGUCUUCUUCAACCAACCCUUCAAUGCGCCUACCCCUCGCCGAGCUGGUCAACACACAGCCUGGGUUAUGACGAGCAUGUGCUACCACCCGCUGCCUUCCCCCCAAACAUGGGCUGGAAGUCAUGGACGAUGUGA